AUGGAAGACAGACAAGAUACAUUUAAUACGGGUCUAGAUGAGCUGAUAAAAUGGUCAGUGUCAAAGGGUGCAAAAUUCAAUGGUGUUGAGUUCACAUUUGGUGACCAAAGAGGAAUAUAUGGCAAAUUGGCUGGAAAAAAAUCCCUUCAUGAUCCUUUAAUAUCAAUUCCGAAAGCCAUUUUUUUUACGCCAGACCUGGCGGCGUCAUACUUCAAAACACGCGUUUCAAAAAAUGAAUAUAGUUUCCUCUUGUUGGCCAAGUUGAAAUUUGAUCCUGAAGAUACAAUUCUCGAUGGUGUCAAUUUGACAGCGAAAUUUCGACCUUACCUGAAUAUUCUCCCUGGGAUUGGCCACGAGAUUGGCGUUCCAUAUUUCUGGUCUCAAAAAGAACAGGAACUUCUUCGAGGAACAGAUGCGUUCAUAAUACUUAACCGUCGUCAUGAACAGGUGUACAAUGACUGGCAGCGCACGACUAGCGCUCUCUUUCCGUUAGACAAACUGGGGUCCAAAUUUGAUAGCCCAGAUCCAACGAAAGAAAUCAAAGAUUGGAAAAGUUUCCAUGCCUAUCUAUGGGCAUAUUCUAUUUAUUUAUCACGCGCAUUUCCUUACUUUAUGGUGGACAAAAAGGAGACUGAUCUCAAUAAAGGAUUCUUGCUUCCAAUCGUUGAUUUACUGAACCACGAAAACGGUCAUACUGUCAAAUGGGGGUUUGAAGACGAUCAUUUUGAAUUCUAUUCGCUUGACAAAACAUUGUCUCAAGGUGACGAGAUCUUCAAUAAUUAUGGUGAUAAAGCUAACAUUGAUCUUCUCCUGACUUACGGAUUUGUGCUGGACAAAAAUCCUCAUGAUACCACAUCAAUCACCUUGAAGGUUCCAGAGUCUACCAUUCUUGAUGCUCGCAAUUACGGCAUCACUCUUCCUGAAAACUCUUCAACCGAAGGAAUAAAUUUUGAAAUCUCCGUGGACAAUUCGCUUCCUCAUUGUUUGGUCCAGUUUUUUGCAUUCCUCUACAAAUUAAGCAGUGAAAAUGAAGGCUUCACACUGCGAACGUAUCUUGAGGGGAUUGCUCAGCUGAGACAAAUUUUAAGUUCACGAUGUGAAUCGUUCAAAAGCUGGAAAAUAGCAGACAGCUCAGACAUUUCACAGCAAACUAUAAAAACGGUCAAAAUUUACAGAAAUAAUCAGCGGUCGCUUUUCCAAACAGCUGUGGAGAAGUGUGACAAGAUUGAAAAGGAAUUGAUACAGACACAUAAACCACUGACUUUUACGAAGGCUUUGAAUUUUGAUAAAGUGUUUCAAAAUUCCCUUAUCGUUCUCUUUGGGACCGCGGACACUUCAGACUUGAUAAAAAGAGAUCUAUUGGAACAGACUUUGCUCCUGUUCAUUAUGAGGUGCUCCAACACACCACUACAGAAGGACAGCCCAUUGAAUUUUAUUGCCGAGGCUUUUGAUGAUGUCAAAUCCACAAUUGAGAUCACAAGAGAUGACGUUUUAGAAUACAGAGACCUUUACCGGUCACUAUUUCCGGCAUUGACCCAGAAGGUUCCUGAAAUUUACGGAAAGGGUGACUACAGCGCCAAAUCCAUGAUUAUAGCAGGAACUAGUUUAGGAAUUUCGAAUCAAUUGGGAGAGGAAGUGGCCAAAAACCUGGCCAUGGACGUUGAAUAUCGAAUUCAUGAAAUUUUGGAACAAGCUUUGAAGUUCAUGAGACACGGCAAGAGGCGGACUCUCACUGUUCAGGAUAUUGAUCGGGCAAUGAAAAUUUUAAAUCUCGAACCUCUUUAUGGUUAUGAUGUAUCUCGUCCGCUAGUGUUCAAAGAAGCAAUGGUUGGACCGGGGCAGACGUUGUACUACGUUGAUGACGACGACAUCGAGUUUGAGAAAAUUAUCAACCAGUCUCUUCCCAGAGUUCCAAGGUUUACUUCAUUUACUGCUCAUUGGCUUGCUAUUGAAGGUGUUCAACCAACAAUCUCUCAAAAUCCAAAUCCAAACGAGAUAAGACAAUUACCUCCAAACCAACGAGGAUCAAUGGAUAACAUGCUUAGUCUUAAUAACGACGAUAUUUCAUUGACCACCGAUUUAUCGACCGGACUGACAUCGGUGGAUACCGGAUCUCAAGGAAGGAAAAAGGAUCUCGAUGUGAAACCUCUCGUGAAGCACAUGCUAUCAAAAGAAUUGCAGCUUUAUUUUGAUAAAGCCGUUGGAGCUUUGCUAGACGAUUCAAAUGAGUCUCUACGCGCAGCAGCUUUGGAAUCUUUGGAGUCAGAUCCUGGAUUGCAUCAAUUAGUUCCCUAUUUUAUACAAUUUGUUGCCGAGACAAUUACCCACAAUGUCAAAAACACGUCUGUUUUGACCACCAUGUUGAUGGUCAUUUAUUCGCUUCUUUCAAACAAGUCUAUAUUUCUUGACCCAUAUAUUCAUGCUCUGAUGCCGUGUAUUCUGACGUUGCUUCUGGGAAAGAAAAUUGGAUUGGUUCAAAAUGAUGUGGAAGAAAAUAAGGAGCAUUUCAACAUAAGAGAACUUGCUGCUUCUCUCCUUCAGCGAAUCAUUAGAGACUACGGCUCGUCUUAUACCACGUUGAAACCGAGAGUCACGAGGACAUUGUUGAGAGCCUUCCUUAGUAAUACCACCAAAAAUUCGAUUGGUACCCAGUUUGGAGCUAUGAAGGGCUUGAAAUUCCUGGGACCAGAAGUGGUGAGAAUAAUAAUGGUUGGAAAUCUCAAAAGCUGGUCAGCAUCAGUGUUGGAAGACUAUCCGAAAGACUCUCGUGAAUUUCAGAUCCUUACAGAAAGUGUCAUUGACUGCCUUUCAUCGCUGAAUCCAGAUAAAUCCCAAGAUCAAUCGCAAAGUUCAAACAACAAGACUUUGAACUCGACGCAAAGUUUGGAGGACCACGAGAUCGAGAAGUUGAGCCAACGUAUUGGAUCUCCUGGCUUGACAGGAGAUACAAAUGCCAUUGGAACAUCAAAAUUGGAUGACGAUGAAGCCGCUCUAGUCAUCUUUGCACCCUGGAUCAGGAUAUCUUUUGAGCAACAAUUGGGAGAUGUGAGCUGCGGUAAGGCGGUGUUCGAUAGGGUAUCUUUCAGCUCAUUAACGGUUGGGUCGACUUUGAAUUGGGACUUCGUCGGAGUGAAUAGUUCUGUCUCCUUCGCUAAUUCAGUAUCACUUCCAAAAGGAGUCGUUAUUCUACGAUUUCCUGUAGGAGUUCCAGAGUUCAUAAUUGUGAUCGGGAAGUUUUUUGAUUUCUUCACAGGCGUAGCUUCAAUUUCUGUAUAA